AUGGCGAUGCUUAGACCACCUUCUUUCUCAAAAACCAAUUUUCUGAGGAAAAGAAGAAAGUGGCCCCUCUCACCCUACAAAGCUACAUGGCACGAGACCUUCCAUCAUCGCCAAGCCAUGCAAACCCUCAAAAACACCAUCGCAAACCAAUCACCAUCACCACAGAGCCCCAGCAAUUCUCAGUUUCUCUCUAUUCUCAUAGACUCCUUCAGAAUCUACAACUCCGAUCCCACCCCCAAUGCCUACCGCUUCGUCAUCAGUACCCUAACCCGAUGCCGGCAAUUCCACCAUCUUCCUCCUCUCCUCCACCGCCUUGAAAAAGUUGAGAAGUUCGAGACCCCGGAAUUUAUUUUCACCAAUCUGAUCAAAGUUUACGGCAACGCCAACAUGUUUGAAGACGCCGUCGACCUUUUCUUUAGAAUUCCGAACUUUAGGUGCGUCCCAUCUGUUUACUCUCUCAAUGCUCUUCUCUAUGUGCUUUGUAAGAGAAGAGAGGGCCUUGUAAUGGUUCCUCAGAUCUUGUUGAAGAGCCAGGCUAUGAAUAUCCGGCUGGAGGAAUCGAGUUUUCGGAUAUUAGUUGCUGCUCUUUGUAGAAUAAAAAAGCAUAAUUAUGCGAUUCGGAUAUUGAAUUAUAUGUUGAACGAUGGGUACGCUGUUGAUGCGAAAAUGUGCUCUAUUAUACUGUCGUCCCUUUGUGAACAAAAGGGUUUAUCAGGUGAUGAGGUUCUGAGGUUUAUGGAGGAAAUGAGGAAACUUGGGUUUUAUCCUGGUAGAGUGGAUUGCAAUAAUGUGAUUAGGUUUUUGGUGAAGGAAGGGAUGGUGAUGGAUGCUUUAGGUGUUUUUGAUCAGAUGAAAACUGAUGGAAUUAAGCCUGAUACUGUUUCUUAUACCAUGAUUUUAAAUGGGGUUACCGCGGAUGGGGAUUAUGAGAAGGCGGACGACCUGUUUGAUGAAAUGCUUGUACUGGGUGUGGUUCCUGAUAUUCAUGCUUACAAUGUUUAUAUAAACAGUUUGUGCAAGCAGAAUAAUAUUGAAGAGGGAGUCAGGAUGCUUGCUUCUAUGAGAGAGUUGGGGUGCAAGCCUGAUUAUGUUACUUAUAAUAUGCUCUUGGAGGGGAUGUCUAAAGUUAGGGAUCUGGGUGGGAUGAGGGAGCUUGCGAGGGAGAUGGAGUUGGAGGGUGUACAGUGGAACUGGGAAACUUACAGGAUUAUGCUUGAUGGUUUAGUUGGCAAAGGUGAAAUCGAUGAGUCAUGCAGCUUGUUGGAGGAAAUGUUGGACAAGUAUUUCUCUUGUUGGUGUUCGACAUUUGAUGAAAUAAUUUGUGAGUUGUGCCAAAGGGGAUUGGUUUGUAAAGCACUGCAAUUGGUGAACAAAAUGGUCAGAAAGACCAUUGCUCCUGGGGCUAGGGCCUGGGAAGCGCUACUCCUUGGUUCUGUUGAAUUCAGUUUUGCAGAAACCAGUUUGACUGAAUUGGUCAACCCUAUACAAAUUCACCCAGCUAGAUUGCCAGAACAUCAACCUUAA